AUGAAUUCUACACCAGAUACAGAUAAUUCGAACUCCAAUCUGAAGGAUUCUAUACCUAAUAAUUCAUAUUCAAGAUCAUCCUCUAGGUCGCCUUUUCAGCGAUCAAUUAUUCAACAAUUACCCCCUGUGAUACCACCUGUUCCCUCUAGAAUUCAACAGAGUUCAUCUCAACCAUUCAUUACAUCACCAAGUCCACAACUAUCCAAUCCACUACCACAACUACAACUACGGCCGCUCCAAUCUCAUCAGAAUCAAAAUCAAAAUGAACAGCAUUUCCAUCCUUUUGAUAGGUUAAGUGUAUCAAACUUAGUGAGUCCACAAAAUGUUAGUAGUGUGAAUACACCAAUUCCGGAUUCAGAUGAUGAUAUUAUUGAUUUCUAUAAAAAUAACUAUGGUGAGCCAACAAUGCUUGGUCAAGGUAUAUUUACAUGGGUUACUUUCCUGAAAAAAGAUCCAUAUGCAAGAGCUGUUGUUUUAUCAUCCAAAAAGGAUAAAGUUGUUUUCACUAAUAUGAAAAAUGGGAAAAAAAGUGCCUUUACUGAUAAAUUCUAUAAUGAGCUUGAUAUAAAUGAAAAUGAAGGUGGUUCUAAAAUCAUAACAAAUCAAAAAGCUAAGAAUAAAGACCUUUUAAACUCUCUCAAAAAGAUUUUAUCGGAUAGGAAAUUAGUUUGGAUUUUGAUUCAUAAAUUUUUCGAAUCAGAAUUGAUUGCAGUUUUCCCAUUAUUAGAUAAGGAUGAUUUUAUUAUGGAAGUUUCUGAAAUAAUUAGUCAUGACAGUCCGUCGACUUAUUUCAAUUUCCUUAAAAGAAUUAAUUUUGCUACAAUUGGUACUUUAUUAUUAGUUAUGAGAUUGGCUUCAUUAACUUCUUAUAAUGCAGGUAGAAAUUCGUCCAAACCAAGAUCUACAGAUGACCUAUAUAUCAAAGAUCAUCCAAUAACAAAAGAUGUAUUAACACUUGUUCAUUUAUGUUUUGAUGAAGUUAUGAGAUUCAAAGAUGCACAUUUAAUUACUUUUCAAUUUAAUUUAUUAAUGGUUCAUUAUAAAUUUUAUGGACCUGAAGAUUGUGAUUGUAUUGGCCGAUCAAGUGCAACUUCAAAUAUGGGACCAUUAUUACAUUCUGCUGUAGCACUUGGAUUGAAUAGAGAUCCAAAAAUUUCACAUCCAAAAUAUAAAAAUCCAGAAUUAUUAAGAAGACUGUGGUAUUUAGUGGUUUAUUUAGAUUAUUAUCAAACAAUGCUAGUUGGAAAUUCUCCAAUGAUUAAUAACAAUUCAUAUGAUGUUGAAUUACCAAAAUUAGAUCAUAAUGCUUCAGCAUUAACUUAUGUUAUUCAUGAAUCAUUCCAUGAAAGGAAUAAACUUUCCAAUAUUUGUGAACCUUUAUUCACAAGAAUCAUGAAUGUUAAUAAUCAACCUAAGAUAAGAGAAGUUUUAAUGUUAAUGAAACCAGUUGAAGAAUAUAUUGAAUCAAGCUUAAGACCUGAAGAAAUAAUAAAGAUUUCAUCAGAUUCAGUUAUGAAUAGAGUUUCUAAAUUGAAAAUUCAAAAUGUAUUAGCAGAUUCAUUUUCAGUUUUAUUUAUGAUGCAUUACCAUUUGUUUUUACAUUAUAGUGCAUCAGGAAAUUCUGAGCGUUCAUUAUAUUAUUGUUUGAAAUUAUUAAAUCUUUGCAAUUGUUUAUUACCUGCAAUGUUUCAUUUCAAAGAUGAUCCGAAUAAAUCAGAUAAUGAUUCAAAUGAACAACAGCAAAAACAAAAAGACUUAAAUUCUGAAUUUGGGAGUUCAAUACUAGCUCUACCUAAAAUUGAACUAACUUUACAUAAAAUUAGUGAAUUUAUGAUGGCACUAUUAGCCAGAGUCAAAACAUUCAAAUUAUUUGCUCAUGAUAAAUUAAACAUUGACGAUGAAACAUUACAAAUUGUUGAUAAUAUUGGUAGUUUACUAUUCAAGACUGUUUUUUUCUUAUUAGAAUGUUUCACAGAUAUUUCAGAUACUUACUAUCACAGUUGGUGUAUGACUAAAAUUCAAAGUUUCAUAAUUGAAAAAGUUUUAAAAAAUAAACGUGGUAAAAUGAAUUUUGAUAAAAUAGAUCCAUUGGAAAAAGGUUAUUCAGAAAAGAUUAAGCCAUUAAUUAAAGAAGACGAAGGGUUCUUUCUUUAUUCCAAACAAGAUUUACAACAAAUUUUACAAGAAUUAGAAAUCAUUGAUCUUUCAUCAUUAGGUCAAAGUCCAACACCAGAAAGAUUAUUCUAUCAUUUAAAUUCAAAUAAUAUUAAAAAUGAUCAAUUAUGGUUAGAUCAAUUAUUUGAUGGAAAUUUUAAUCCUGAUCAAUUUCAACCAUUUAGUCAUAAUCAUCAAAAUCAUCAAAAUCACGACGUCCAUUCUAGUAAUCAUAAAUAUCCUGAAGAUGUUUCAAUUUCUUCAGAUAAUGGAUUAGAAAUGAAUAAUAAUAACAAUUUACCAAAUACAAAUAAAAAUAUCAAUAGAGAUAACAAUGGGAAUAACAGUGGGAAUUUAGAUGAUGAUUCAAACACAAUCCCAAAUUCAAUAGCUUUUGAUUAUGGUAUGUUUGACUUAGAACAAAUGUUAUUCCGUUCAACAAAUGAUUUUUAA